AUGGGUGUCAAAUAUUUGACACCCGAAAUCAAUAUUUCUUUUAGCGCAAAUACAAGAGAAGCGAAUUGCAAAUGGCGCGUUUUCAAAAGAUGCAUUUUGUCGGGUCUUGACGAUCUUCCCGGAACGUUCUUUCCAGCUCGCGCUGUUACUAAUCAGGAUGGCUGUGAGUACGAUGGUGAAAGAGCAGCUCCACGCAGCUCGAUCCGUUGCAAUUUGAGAAUAACUGAAGCCACUGCUCAUUUAAUUUUAAUGUCUGAUGUCUGGGCCUCAAAGCAAAUAGAUAUCGGUGUAAUUCGGUGUAUAAUUGGUGUUCGCAGGUCGCUUCAGAGAAAUCCAUUUAGCGAUCUGUUAAGGGAUUAA